GAUUUUACUACCGAGGUGGGUCACUGUCACGGACGCUCAAGCAGGCGGAGAUUGAAGGGCAAAGGCCGAGUUGCCAAAUCUCUUCCUUUCCACGGCUGAGAAGCUAGCAGUGGUCUUGACCACGUUCACCUCCUUUCCAAACCCUCUCACCAACCCUCUUCCUCAUUCCUAAGGUCUCCGUAAAUCUAUCAUCGCCAACGUUCCUCUUCUUCAUGAACCCAUUUCACCGCCGCAACGGAAAUGUUAAAACCCCUCCUCCAAUCCCCUUCCUUCCUGGAAAGCCAUUUCCAUUUGCUCUUUUUUUCUUCAAAAUCUAACUACUCUACGAGUAAAUCCCACUUCUCCAACUUAAUAUCCAAAGUUCUUGACCUUCUAUGUGGCGAUCCUCACUGGCCUAGAAACCCUGAGCUCAAUUGUUUAUCCUCUGCGCUUAGACCCCAUCAUGUUUCCGAAAUUAUCAAUACCCACAAGAAUACAGACACUGCCCUCCACUUCUUUUAUUGGAUUUCCAGGAGGCAUUUUUACAAACAUGACAUGGGCUGUUUUGUAUCCAUGCUAAAUAGGCUCGUGAGGGAUCGAAUCUUUGCUCCUGCCGAUCAUGUUAGGAUUUUGAUGAUCAAAUCUUGUAGAAACGAGGAAGAGCUUAAAAGGGUAAUUGAAUACUUGAAUGGAAUUACUGCUAAUGGUGUCUUUGGCUUUACUUUGUACAGCUUUAAUACUCUUUUGCUUCAGUUGGGCAAGUUCGGCUUGGUCACUUUAGCUCAAAAUGUUUAUACUCAACUUUUGAGUAGUGGAGUUAAGCCCAGUUUAUUGACAUUGAAUACUAUGAUUAAUAUUUUUUGCAAGGAAGGAAAGGUUCAAGAGGCUAUGUUGGUUUUAAAUAAGAUUUUUCAGUUUGACUUGUGCCCCGAUGUUUUUACGUAUACUUCAUUGAUUCUUGGGCAUUGUAGGAAUCGCAAUUUGGAUAAAGCUUUUGAGGUUUUUGAUUGGAUGGUUAAGGAUGGUUGUGAUCCUAAUUCAGUCACAUAUUCAACUCUGAUAAAUGCGUUAUGCAAUGAAGGGAGUAUUGGUGAAGCAAUGAACAUGCUUGAAGAAAUGACUGAGAAAGGGAUUGAACCAACAGUGUAUACAUAUACAGUGCCAAUUAGUUCUUUGUGUGAGGUUGGGCGUGUGGACGAGGCCAUUAGCCUUGUGAGAAGUAUGAGGAAGAGGGGCUGUAGCCCAAAUGUGCAAACAUAUACAGCACUUAUUAGUGGGUCGUUUCAUGGAGGGAAAAUGGAAGUGGCAAUAGGGCUGUACCACAGAAUGCUGAGGGAAGGUUUGGUUCCAAACACAGUUACAUAUAAUGCGUUGAUAAAUGAACUGUGUUCAGAAGGAAGAUUUGAAAUUGCUUUGAAGAUUUUUUAUUGGAUGGAGGGACAAGGUACCUUGGCAAAUGCACAAACAUACAAUCAAAUUAUAAAAGGGUUGUUCACCAUGGAUGAUAUUGAGAGGGCAAUGAUUGUUUUUAAUAAAAUGCUUAAGGAUGGGCCAUCUCCAAAUGUGGUGACAUAUAAUACGCUCAUUGUUGAAAAUCUCAAACGGGGGUAUCUGAACAAUGCUAUGAGAUUUUUGGAUAUGAUGAAGGAGAGUGGUUGUGAACCUGAUGAGAGGACUUAUUGUGAACUUACUUCAGGCUUUUCCAAGGCAGGGAAAUUGGACUCUGCUACUACUAUUUUCUGUGAGAUGCUUGAACGUGGCAUAAGCCCAAAUCAGUGGAAUUAUACAGCCAUGAUUGAUGGUUAUUGUAAGGAGGGGAAGAUGGAUGUUGCAUUGUCAUUAUUUGAGAGGAUGGAAGAAAAUGGUUGUUCUCCUAGCAUAGAAACUUAUAAUGCCAUUAUAAGUGGUUUGUCUAAAGAUGAUAGAUAUUUGGAAGCUGAGAAAUUUUGUGCCAAGAUGAUUCAGCAGGGAUUGCAACCGAACACGAUCACUUACACGUCUUUGAUUGAUGGACUUUGUAGGAAUGGUGGGACCAACCUGGCAUUCAAGAUUUUCCGUGAAAUGGAAAAGAAUAAUUGUUUGCCAAAUGUGCACACAUAUACUUCUCUUAUUUAUGGCUUAUGUCAAGAAGGCAAGGCUGAUUCUGCAGAGAGGCUACUUCAAGAAAUGGAGACAAAAGGUUUGGUUCCUGAUGAGGUUACAUUUACCUCUCUUAUUGAUGGUUUUGUAUUGCUCGAUAGGUUGGAUCAUGCAUUCAUGCUUCUUCGGCAGAUGGUUGAUAUGGGUUGCAAACCAAACUACCGAACUUACAAUAUAUUGUUAAAAGGAUUGCGGAAAGAAUGCCAAUUACUCACAGAAAGGGUUGUGUCACAAAAUGAGACUGUUUAUGGUUGCAGCUCAGAUGAAAGAGUAUCAACUUUUGAAUUGAUUGGUAAUCUUUUAUUAAGGCUGUCUGAGAAUGGAUGUGAACCUACUAUCGAUGUGUACAACACUCUAGUCAGUGGCUUGUGUAGAGAAGGCAAAUCUUAUGAGGCAAGUCAGUUGGUAGAAAGCAUGAAAGAGAAAGGCUUGUCUCCUAAUAUGGAGAUCUCAUGCUCACUUUUAGUGGCUCACUGUAAGAAUUUAGAAGUGGACCCUGCUUUGGGAAUAUUCAAUUCAAUGGCAGUUAAGGGCUCCAGGCCGUAUCUGUCUAUCUAUAAAGUGCUCAUUUGUGCACUUUGCAGAUCAAGCCGAGUGGAAAAAGCUCAGAGCAUAUUUCAGAACUUGCUUGCUGAGCAAUGGAAUGGUGAUCUGAUUGUUUGGACAGUUUUAGUUGAUGGGUUAUUACAGGAAGGGGAGUCUGAUGUAUGCAUGAAGUUUCUUUAUCUUAUGGAAUCUAGAAACUGUACUCUUAGUUUGCAUACAUACCGAAUCUUGGCAAGAGAACUAUCUAAAGUUGGAAAAUCAUUAGAAACUGAUCAAAUCAGUAAAGAGUUUAGGAAAUUGAGCUUCCCUCCAUAAUUGUCAAGGCAUACGAAAGUGUGUUGUCUCAAUGAGGAUGUAUGGCUGCAUCCGUAAAAUGCGCCCUAGUAACAUAUUGACAAGAUGAAGAAGCUUAUGCUGUACUGUUGGAACAUGCUGAUCUUAUCCAGCAGGAGUUGAUGUUACAACUGGAAGUAGCGAUGACAUGGAUUUGAAGAGUAAGCAACCUAAGGUACUAAUGAGAAACUCUAGGGAAAGAACAAGCAAAGAAAGCUAAGCUGUUGAAUCUGUUGGAUGAUCUUCUCAAUAUGCAGGAGAUGAAGAGAAGGGCAGAGUUGAUAGGUCUGAGUGGCUGGACUCAUUUGGCUCAGAACGAAAGGUGCAAAGAGUAAUAUUUUGUGGCUUUAAAGAAGAGGGUGUAAUCUAACGUUGUGAUGGCUUUGUCCUUUUGCCGUCACUAACCUUACUAGACUCCAAUCAAAGGCAAAAAGAAUGGGGGAGAGAGAGUCGAAAAUCAGAAAAUAAUAAUAAUAGCAUCCAUCCAAAAUUCACACCAUUUCUCCAAAGUUUUAAAAGACAACACGACACCGCAUUACCUAACCAUUUAUUCCCUUCAAAGCAAGCUUCCAAACGCUACUCUCCAACCUCAUUUGGCUUCUCUUUCUUCACCUUCUUCCUCCUUCAAAAAGUCCCUUUGCCUACACAUCCACCAACCCAACCCUCCAUAGACUAGCCUUGGCUCUUUUCGCCUUGGAGUUUGCUACUCAUUAGCUGAUUCUCAUUUAUAUAUUGCAUCACCCUGAAUCAAUUUUAGUAUAUGAACCUAAAUAGGUAGCAUAUUUCUCCUAUAUAUAUUCAUAUAUAGGACCCCCAGCACAGGCCUUGAAAACCAACUAUAGCCAAGCAAUUUUCACACCAAAAAAAGAAAAAUUACACUCAGAUGGGUAGGCAAAAUAGUGAUGCAACUGUGGCUAGUUCCUCCAUAGCACUUCUUCAAGAAAGGUUUAGAGAAUUGCAGAAAAUAAGGGAGAAGAGAAAGGAGAAAGAACUUCUCAAGCUGUUCUCAGAAUCUGAAAGGAGUAGUGCUCCGCCAGGUAUGCAUUUUGAGCCUAGCAAGUUGACCUACCACCAACCUGAGACGAUCCUUCCAAAUAAGGCACCUGCCCUUCAAGAUUCUCAUCUCUCCCUUGGACUCAAUACACAUAGCAAUAACCAUGGUGAUACUAUGAAGACCUCAACAAGCUUAUGGCCCAACACUGGAACCUCCUCAUCAAGGAAUUUUGAAAGUCCUGAUGUUGAUACCUCUCUUCAUCUCUAAAGAGUAAAGACUAUAUAUAUAUAUAUAUAUAUAUAUAUAUAUGUUUAAUUUCCUGUAAUUUUGGUUAUAUAUAUGUGUAUGUUAAUUAAUUUUGUCACAACCCUUUUGGCUAUAUAAAAAUUGGAAGAGUAAUGUAACUAUUAAACUAUGUUUCGUCCUAUAACCAUGAACAAUUUUACUGCCAUUUCUCAUAA